GGUGUGUCCCCCCCCCCUUCCAGCCUCCCAGCUUGGACUGGUCCAUUUCGCAUCUGAGAAAAAUCUGACAGUUGGAGGAGAGUUCUUCAUGCCAGAGAUUGCUUUAGCCUCAGCACACAACGAGUACAGAAGCUCCCGGAUCACCUCGAGAUAAGCAAAUGGAUGAGAAAGAGCUCAGUGAUCCCCUGAAUAACGUAACGGUCAUUAAAGAUGACUUGACCAGGUCCAACAUGGGGUCUUUCGGUGACUCAGAGAAAAUGAUCCAGCUCUUGAAUGAUGACCUCAGAGAAGCCCAGGAGCUGGCUAAUACUGAGAAGCACAAAUGCAUGGAGCUACAGGGUAUCCUGCAGGACGAGAGAAAUGAAAACAAGCAACAAGCUGAUGGGUCUGCAAAACAGAUAAAACAUCUUCAAGGCCAGCUGCGGCAGCUCCAAGAGGAGACGGGCGCUCUCAGGCAGCAGAUGGACGUCUCCUCCGGUUCACAGGACGAGCUGCAGAGUGCACGCGACGAGGUGAAGGAGCUGAAACGCGCCCUGGAGGAGGCCACCGCAGAGCGGGACCACGACGCUGCCGCCGCCCAGGCCAACCUGGCAACCGCCUCGAAGGAUCUGGACAAAUGGCGUCAGGCCGCCAACAAGUACGAGCGAGAGAUUGACAACCUACAGCGGGACCUCCAGCAGCAGAGCAAGCAGUGGCAGAAAACUGCAGAAAUACAAGCCAGCGAGCUGCAGUCCAUGCAGGCCGAGUGUAACGGCCUCCAGAAGGAGUGCUCGGUCCUGCGAUCCGAAAAGCAAGAAGCCGCGAACAAGCUCCAGAAGGAGAGGAGCGGCCUUCAAAGUGAGUGCGCUUCGCUCAAAUCCGAGAGGGAGGAACUCCUCAAGACCCACCAGAGAGACAAGGGCAGCCUGGAGAGCGAAUGUGCGGCUCUGCACUCCGAGAAAGAGGCAGCGCUGCAGAGGCAGCAGCAGCUGGACAAGGAGCUCGCCAGCUCACGUGCCCAGAAUGCGGAGCUGAGCAGCAGCCUCAAAUCCCUGGAGAGGUCCCAGCAGGAGCUGGAGAAGAGGCUGGCGGCCCUGCAGCUCCAGCACCAGCAGGACAGCAGCAAGCUGCAAACCCAGCUGGAGGAAGCGGACAGCCACAGCAAGGCUCUGCAGAGAGAGUACGAGGAGGUGAAGACGGAGCUGUCGGACCUGAAGGAGAAAUAUGAGAAGACUGAGCAGGAGAAGCAGUCGCUCGCUGACCAGUUUGAGGAGUGCAAAGCCAACAUGGAGGAACUAAAGGAGAAAGAGACAAAGAAGCCGUGGUUGAUCUGGGGGCCUGUUGUUGCUGUGGCUCUAACAGCUGUGACUGCUGCUGUGCUCUUCAGGACCUGAGGGCAAUGUGCACACACACACACACACACACACACGUUUAUCAUCCGAUUUCUCCACACUGAAAAACUUGCCCCCUUAUCAUAUCUGCACUUUUAAGUAGGAGGGCUCAUACUAAACACUGUUUUAUUUCUAAGAGGCUCUAUUUUAGAUGACAGAGAGGUUAAUAAAAGAAUGUCACUUUUGUGUGCAAAAAUGAAGAAGUUUGUUUGUAUCCCUGUUAUUAUUCUUGGAAGGAUUGUGUGUUUUUGUUUACCACCAUGACUUCUAGGAUCAUCCAUUAACGAAUGUAAAGAACCGCUACACGCUUAAUUAGCUCUAGAUAUAUCACCUGCAGUUUGAACCUCCCUCAAUGUAACACAUCUCUGUAACUGUCGGAAUAAUAAAUAUUCUCACAAUAAUGCAGACCCGGAUUGAGUGCAUGAUGACUGCCUUAACAUCAGUUUAUGGAGGAGGUGGGCACUGCUAAGUUAAUGUCUUUUAUCGCUAAUAAAAGUGGGGAUUUUCAGAG